AAUCUUUUUGAGGGGAAAAAAAGCUCGUUUUCCCUUCCUCCACCUAAAACCCCAAUACCGAAGAGCAGAGCACUCAACGAAGAGGGAGAAAUUAAUCAAUUCGUCCCCUCCCAGCAAUCGGCGCUCACCAUGGACUCGGCGGAGAGCACGGCCGCCUCCGCCGCACUCGCACCUAGCGGCCUCGCCUCGGCGGCGGCGGCGGCUGACGGCUCCGUCGACGACGACAUGCCCGAGGUAGCCGGCUGCAUAUCGUCGAUGAUCGACCGCGGCGGCAGCGUGGAGAGCCACCGCCUGUUCCUGGCGCGGCGUACCGCGCUGGAGAUGCUCCGCGACCGCGGGUACAGCGUCCCGGAGUCCGAGCUCGCCCGCACCCUCCCGGAGUUCCGCGCCUGGUGGGCCGACAAGCCCGAGCUCGAACGCCUCGCCUUCUCCACCACCCUCGCGUCCGACCUCUCCAACAAGGUGAAAGUUGUGUUCUGUCCACCCGAGCCAGUCAAAAUCGCAGCUAUCCGGGAGAUAUAUAACGGAACCAAAGAAGAGAAUUUGUCUAGACUGAUUCUGAUAUUGCAGAGCAAAAUAAUGUCUAAAGCCAGAGAAUCUAUCAAGGAGAUCUUCACAUUUAAAGUCGACAUAUUCCAGAUCACAGAAUUACUGGUAAACAUUACUAAGCAUGUCCUGAAGCCCAAGCAUGAAGUGUUGACUGCAGAGGAGAAGACCAAGCUCUUGAAGGAGUACAAUGUGGUGGAUUCACAGUUGCCUCGCAUGCUGGAGACUGAUGCUGUUGCUCGCUACUAUGGCCUUGGCAAGGGAACUGUUGUUAAAGUUACAUAUGACAGCGAGCUUACUGGGAACCAUGUGACAUACCGAUGUAUUUUCUGAGAGGUCCAUGUGUUUCCAAGGAUCAAGUUUGUCGUAAGGUGUUAGUGAAAAACUAUCUCGUGGCUAAUGUUAGUACCCUAGCAUGUUUGAUGAAGUUUGUCGUAAGCUGUUAGUAAAAACCGCCUCGUUGCUAGCCUAGUAUGAUGUUCUGUGUUAAUGCUGUUUGCCAGACUAAGCUGAGUGGUGUUAGAAAACUUAAAUUAGUCCCCACAUAAGUUAUCUGGUAAUCAGUUUCAGAUGUUACUUGGAAAAUAUGGCAAACGAUGUGUGCAAUGUCCUGUUGUCACAGCAGUCCUAUUAAAAUUAAAACGUUUUGUAGAAUCACUGGGUUGGAAUCAAGCACUAUCCAUUCACGGACUCCA